AUGGCCAAUGAGAACGAAAACGAGAACAUGAACGAACCUCCACUUCAACAUCCGAUUCGCACCUUACGGGACUACACAACACCUAAUCUUAAUGGGACAACCUCGAGUAUUACAAGACCUAGGGUGGAAGCUAAUAAUUUUGAAAUCAAACCCGCAAUUAUGCAAAUGCUUUCCACCUCGAUCCAAUAUGGGGAAACCACAAAACUGCGGAACAAGAUAAUGACCUUUGUCCACCAUGAUCAAGAGAGUUUUUACGAUGCUUGGGCAAGAUUCAAGGACUUAUUAAGAAAAUUAGAUGCAGCUGUAGGUGGAUCUUUUGAGAAGAAGGGAAUUGAUGAGGCGUAUGAAUUGAUAGAGGAGAUGGCAAGCAACAACCAUUACCAAAACAAUUCCGAAAGAAAAAGAACUACAGGAGUCUAUAAAAUAGAUGCCAUUACAGCACUUAAUGCCAAGGUAGAUAACAUGGUAAGAAAACUGGACAUGUUAACUACUAAUCCUGUGAAUUCCACUAUGCAAGUUUGUGAUAGGUGCAAUGGACAACAUGGGAUUGGAGAAUGCAUGAUAGACUCUUUGAAUCCACAAACCUUGGAGCAAAGAAAACAACAAAAUCCAGUAAGCUGUGAUAAGAAACUUGGAGAUUCAGCUAGGACAGUUUACAAACAUGAUGGCAUCCAGAGCUCAAGCUAUGCUAAAUUCUUAAAAGAUAUCCUGAGCAAGAAAUGGAAAAUUGAUGAUCAAGGAACGGUAAUGUUAGCUGAGGAGUGGAGUGCAAUUAUUCAAAAUAAACUGCCUCCAAAGUUGAAGGACCCAGGAAGUUUUUCUAUCCCUUGCAAUAUUGGUAAUCUUGAUUUCGAAAAAUCUUUGGCAGAUUUAGGAGCUAGCAUUAAUCUUAUGUCUUAUGAAGUUUUUAAGAUGCUAGGCAUGGGAGAGCUCAAACCAACAAGGAUGUCUCUACCUCUCAAUUAG